AUGUCUAGUACUCAUCUCUCUGUCCUCGAAGCCAGUGCAUCGCGCUUUCCCUCCCGUCCAGUAUUCCGCACACCUCAGGUCGACCCCACGACAAGCCACAUAAUUCAGUGGCAGACUGUCACAUAUCGUCAGUUUCUUCUCGAUGUCGAAAACUUCGCAAGACAUUGGUCGAUGACCCUGGGUCGUGACCGGAUCCCCCAGCGAUCCGUCAUUGGAUUGUGGAUCGGUGGAUUCACUUACAUCGACGUCCUACACAUAUAUGGUAUCUCAAGAGCUGGCUAUGUCCCCCAGAUGUUCAGUCUGCGUCUUCCCAACCCGGAUGUAAUCUUUGAAUUACUCCAUCGCGCCAAUGCUCAGGCUCUCGUCUUCGAUUCUUCCUUUCAAGACGUCUUGAAAAACACUUCCCUUCCGAUACAUCCUGCCCUUAAUACCGUGGAAGCAGCCCUUACGGCAGGACCAUUACCGAUCCUACCUCAAUGCUCACCUGACGAUAUUGCCUUGAUGUUCCACACUAGCGGCUCCACAUCCGGUAGUCCAAAGCUUGUCCCUUGCACCUACAGAUGGUUGAACGCUACCGUCCACAAGUCGAGCCAGAUAUCUAAACCGUUCAGUCCCGUCCGCCAAGACGUCACUACUUGGAUGGGAAGCAUGUGUCAUAUUGGCCAAUCAUUCAUGUUAAUUGGCACCCUGCAGCAUGGUUCAUGUGUCAUUCAGCCGACGAUGAUAGACUUCUCCCCUGCAGAGCUGGUAGACAUGAUCCAUCGGUGUCAUCUUAACCGGCUGCGACAGUUUGCUGCCUUCCUGGCCAAGCAACUUCGUGCCUCCCGACAUGACACCAAGCUCUUGUCACUUUUGGCUGGUCUUGACGAAGUUUUGUACACAGGUAUGUCCCUACCGCGAGAAGACGAAGAAUGGGCGUACCACAACGGUCUCCCCAUCAAGAAUCUGUUCGGAAGCACCGAGUGCGGAGCGACGCUCAUAUCAGUCGGUGGAUGCGAUCCCAGUGCACCACUUCUUCGCUCACUUGAAGGGGUGUCGUACAGUUUCGUGCCUAUCAACCCUGAACAAAAUGAAGCGGGCCAUCAGUCUACCGCAAGGAUGUUAGAGUUCAUAAUUCGGGCAGAAUCCGGAGAUUGCCCCCAUCCUUCACUCCGGAGUGCCGAUGGCCACUUCCACACUGGAGAUCUAUUCCAAGAAGCUGCACCUGGAUCGUAUGUCUUCCGUGGCAGGGAUGACGAUUGGAUAAAAUCGGAGAACAGCCUGCGAUGUGACACCAAAGCUGUUGAAGAUAACGUUCGUGCUACGUGUGCAGGCCUUGUCGCCGACUGUAUCGUGGUCGGGACCGGUCGCCCGUCACCGGUCCUGUUUGUCGAACCAGCUGAUGACAUCGACCCUUCGAGGCUGAAGAAGGAGAUCAUUCGUAAAACGAGGCAUUUUCAUUCCCGUCGAUAUCUGCAUGAGCGGAUUAGCUCCCCGAAUAUGAUUAUCGUCGUACCUCGGCAAACAUUGCCCCGAACUGCGACGAAGGGUAAUAUUCGACGUCAAGAAGUCGAGACUCGCUACAAAGCAGAGCUCGAUCAAGUGUACGGUCUUGUGCGAUAG